GUAGCCAGAUAACAGAACAGACAGAAUGUCUCUAAACACAGACGAAGAGGCAGAAUGUAGGAGAAAUUAAUAUUUCUUCCUCUCUCUCUCUCUCUUUCUUUCUCUCUCUCUACUUGGUUAUUUAAUUCUUCCUCUCUUCUUCUUCUCUCUCUAUCCCACCUCUAUCACUCCCAUGCCUCUUUCUCUCCCUCCCUCAUUCCAAGGACACCCCUGUGUGUGUGUGUGUGUGUGUUGAGGCAGGUCUGGGCAGAGUCGGCAUGUCUGUGUGACUGUGGGGUUUGAUGGUUUGGUGGAUUUAGAAGCCCCAAAGCACACACUCAUCGCUGACUCUCAUCAUCAUCGUUCUCAUCAGACAUUAUCCACGGGCAACACUCAGGGGGAAAGCAGGCAUGGAGUCAGGCUUUGAAAGAAAUGCUGGACUGGAUUCUGAACCCAGGGUGAAGGCUGGUCUGGAGUCAGGGUCUGAAAUAAAUGCUGGACUGGAUUCUGCACCCAGGGGGAAAGCUGGUCUGGAGUCAGGGUCUGAAAUAAAUGCUGGACUGGAUUCUGCACCCAGGGGGAAAGCAGGACUGGAGUCCGGUGAGAACUGGAUUCCAGAAGAUGUGGCCCAAUGGCUGGAUCACAUUGGAGUGUCUAACGAGCCCGAGCCCGACGGAGGUCUCUCUUUGUACCAUAGUUUCCCAGGAGUCUUUGCACUGGAGGACGUUGUUCAGUGCCCCCCAGAAACAGUCCCCUUCACCAUCAACAAUGACCCCACCUCAAUGACCACUCAUCCACCGUUACUGUCCAUCCUUCUCACCCGUCGCACCUCCACACCUGCCAGGGAACCAGGUGAUGCAGCCUUGGCGUUUGUGUCCCACCCCUGUGUGAGCGCCAUGCGAGGAGAGGAGGACGAGGGCGGGAAGCUUCUCUCAAGCACCAUACAAGAACAAACCAGCUACGGAGGAGGAGAGGGAGGAUGGGGGCCUCAGAGUGACAACCUGAACCCCAUGCAGCCCUCGCAGGUGGCCUCCCCACCCCUGCUGCAGCAGCCACCCAGCGGUGCCCCCACCUCAGACAGCCAACUACCACCUUACCCCCUUACCUUCCCUCACCGCCCACUAGCUCACCCCCAGUUGCGCUGGGCUCGGCAGGAGCCUCAGGGGCAGGAGCAGCAGGCUGACGGUAGCUCCCUGGAGAAACAUGGACCUCCCCAGCCCCCUCUCCCUCUCCCCCAGCCCCCCCAACCCCUCCAGCCCAGUUUAGAGGAGCUGCCGAGCUAUGAGCAGGCCAAGGCCCAGACCCAGGGACAACACCACUACCAGGACCAGCUGUAUUAUACACUGGAGGACCAGGAGAGCCUGCCUAGCCCCUCUCACACCCCAGACAGCCAGCCCUCAGCCUGGACCAGCUUAGCUCCUAACAGCCCCUCUGAGACCUCUAGCCCUGACACCAACACUGACCCCUCUCCUUUCCCCAGCCCCAGCCCACCCCUGGGCCCUCAGCAAGGCUUUAUGAGUGAUGGGGAUGAGGCUGAGGGUUUGUCUAUCUGGGGUGGAGGGGCCAAUGGAGACUCUACUCUGAGGCAACUGAAGCAGGGUCAUGUGUAUUCUCUCAGCCAGAGGAUCCUCCAAAUCAGCGUUGAGGCCAAUGGAACUAGCAACCCCUCCCUCAGUUACCCCCCACCCCUAAACAUAACCCCACUCACAGGAUCAGUAGACUCCCGCGGACCCCCACCAGAGUACCCCUUCAAGCCCACCCAGCCGCCCUUCUGCUCCCCCUUAGGGAGAUCCCAGCCCCCCUCCUCUCAUUCUGAGCUGGGCCCUCCCUUCAUUGACCCCCCCUCUUCCACAAUAAUGGACUGGUCCACAGCCCAGCCAACCAGAGCUGAGAAACCCCCACCUGAGUACCAGAGCAAGCGGCACCACCCUGGGACUCUAGGGGGUCCCUCAGUCCAGUACCACCACAGUCCCACACCCUCCCAGACCCACACCUCCACCCUUCUCCCCAACAUCCAGGCCCAGACUUCUACCCUUGUCUCUCAGCUCCAACCCCAGCCUCAACAACCUUCCCCAGGCCCCUCCGGUGUGGAGGUGGUCAUGGCAGCCAAGGUGCAGCAGAUGGUCCAGCUGCUGUGUGAGGAGAACCAGACUCUGAGACACGAGCUGCUGACACACAGAGAGAAGGCUUCCAAACUGCACUGGUUAGAGGAGGAGCUCCAGAGGAUCUCUGAAGAGUAUGAUUGGCUGAUGAAGAGCUCGUCAAAGAGGGAGGGGCUGGACCGAACAAUGAGAUGCAAACUGGAGGGGGAGAUUAGACGUCUGACUGUCUUCAACAGAGACCUGAGAGAUCGCCUAGAGACUGCCAAUCAACAGCUAGCGUGCUGUGAGCCAGAGGGAGAGGAGGAUGGACAUGCUGCUGAGCUUAGGGAUGGACUGAUGGAGAAAGAGCGUUUGGAGGAAGAGGUGGAGAAGCAGCAGCGGAGGGCAGAGAGACUGGAGUCAGCUCUGAGCAGCGCCCAGCAGAGAGCACUACACUUAGAGGAAGAGCUGCGUGUGAAGUGUGUGUAUGCGGCACGUGUGGAAGGGUUGCAGCAUGCUGUGGUGCAGUUGCAGACGGCCUGUGAGAAGAGAGAGCAGCUAGAGAGACGCCUGCGUACACGGCUGGAGAGAGAGCUACACACACUGCGCACGCAACAGAGAGUGUGUGGGGGUGUGCUUGGGAUCACUGGGCCAGGUGGGGGUGGGGGUGUAGGGGAGGGCAGUGCCCCUGCUCUGAGGGAGCUGCUGAGGCAGAGGGAGGAGAGGGUUCUGGCUCUAGAGGCUGACUCUACCCGUUGGGAACAGAAGUACCUGCAGGAGAACGCCAUGAGACACAUGGAGACUGCUGCUACAGCCAACACACACAGGGACCCCUUGGUGGUGCACUCUCACAGUGGUAGCUACAGUGAGAUGACGGGCUGCACACUGUGUCAGAAGGAUGAUGUACAGCAGGCUACCAGACGCUGCAACGACAUGGAGCACAGGAUAAGGAACCUGUAUGCCCAGCUGAUAGAGAAGGAUGCGUUGAUAAAGGUUUUACAGCAACGGAACUCUCGCGGUGACCUCAGCGCCCUCCGCCCUGCCCGCUCCACCCCCUCCAUCUCCUUAGCAACAGGACUGCACCCACGACAAGCUUCUCAGACAGACGAGAGGAAAGAGAGAAACCUCCUCCCUUCCCUCCCCCUCCUCCUCUCUUCCCCACCUUCCUCUUUAUCUACCACCUCCUCCCUCCCUUCCACCCUGCCUUUCUCCGCCACCCUCCCCUACUCCACAACACCAUCUUAUUCAUCCACCCUGCCUUUCUCCUCCACCCUGCCUCUCUCCUCCUCCCUCCAAUUCUCUAUCCUCCCCCUCUCCUCCUCCCUCCCCUCCACUCCUCUCCUAUCCUCCCAUUCUAAGACGGGUAGUAGAGACAGCAGCACUCAGACUGACAAAGGUUCAGAGUCCCUCAAAGUCCUGCCCCUCCCCAGCAGAGCCUGGCUGGGAUUGGCCAGGACCCAGAGGACAGAUACGACUAGAACCCAUCCCCCACACCACCCAGGCACAGACUUAGUGGAGAUCCUCAUCUAAUGGACACGGUGGGGUCUUGUGAAGCUACUGCUGAACAACUGAGGAUGAAACAAACUUAAGUAGUGAUGGCUGACUGAUAGACUGGAAACUGGAGGCUCAUUGGAUGGCAGAAAGAGAGAGAGAGAUAGGGGAAGACCUCUGUCCUGCUCUAAAACUGUGCCUUUAGUCUGGUAAAGUUAUUUUCAAGUUGGAUUGUGUUGUGUGUGUAUGUGUGUGCGUGUUUUUCAUCAGUUAAAUGCAUUUCAGAGGCAAGUUUACUUUGUUGGAAAGCAUGCAUUUGUGUACAAAUGAACUGUACAGAAAGAUUAGAUUUGUAAAACUUUUAUUUCAGCUGAGAGUUAAUAUUGAUUUCGUCCACAAAGACAUUUCAAACUUCUUUGAUUUUUAAAUGGAUUUUACUGUGCUGCGUGACAAUGAAUAUAAACAUGUACUUUGUCUC